UCAUAACUACCAGAGCCAGACGACUGACUGACACACUCUCCUGCUCACAUGCACACACACUCUCAGCACAUGCAUCGAGUGGAACAGAUCCACAGAGCUGCACAGUAGUGAGGCAACUCUGAGAGAGAGGUGGGGUGGAGAAAGAGAGAUAGAGAAAGAGAGAGAGCAUUUACUCUCCCUCUCUCCUCACUUAAGGAAAGCAGCAGUGUGGAGAAGUUGCAUGAAGCGCUUGGUUCCAACUGACGACUUUCUAAUCAGACCAUGUAAGCCCAGAAGAGGAGGCAGAAAAAGCAGAAGAAGAAACUUCCUGCUGGCUGAAGGAGAGCAGAUUUCUCUGAGGGAUUACUGGACUCUUGGUAUUUGUGCUCGUGUCAUGGUGAUAUCCUUCAUUAUCGUCUGUUGUUGACAGGAGCCUCUCUGUGUCUUGGAUUUCCCAAAGGAUCAAAGCUUGUUGUCUGAGCUGAGGAGUGUGUGAAUGAAGUGUGUGCAAGUGGGAAACAUGUCAAACGGACGAUUCAGUCACCUGUUGAGGGGAGUCUGGCUGCUGUGGCAAGCUGUGUUUGUGGCUGGAACUGGGAGUAAGCUCUGGGAGGUUCCCACAGCCUCCUUCACUUCCUCCUCCAACCUCAGUGAGAGCCUGCAGGACUGUGAGUACCGCCACCUUCAGGACAGAGUGAGCAUCACAGCAGACAUCCCACCUAGACUGGAUGGCACAUGGGUGUCAAUAAGAUGUGAGGUGCGGCCCGGUCCAGAGUUCAUCACCCGCUCCUACACCUUCCACCCCAGCCGCCACUUCACCGCCCUGCAGCACUAUUACACCGACAGCAGCUGUGAGGCCCCGGCCUACUCCCUGAUGAUCAGGGGGAAGCUUCGUCUGCGGCAGGCCUCCUGGAUCACCCGCGGGGGCACCGAGGCAGAACACCACCUCAGCAAGGUGGGCAUCGUGGUCCACAGCCUGGCAGCCAAGCAGAGGCUGUCCUCCAGGCUUCCUUCCUCCUGCGUCGGUCUGACCCUGAGUCGGGUGGUGCCGGGGAAGCUGUACGAGCUGUACAACACCCGGGCAGGGAGGGGGUGUCUGUCGGCGCUGGGCUUCUCUAUGAUGGAGGUGGGGCUGAUACGGGUGGAGACGCAGCACCACAGCCAUGGAGGGAAGAUCCAGGAGCUGUUCUUAGGAGAUAUUCACACUGACUGGACACAGAGGACUGAGUACAGACCAACAGGGUACCAACAACCCCUGCAGAACGCCAUGCAUCACCUCCACCCCUGCCCUGUGUGCGCCCUGGUGUAUCGCUCCUCAGAGCAUCGCCCCCCGGUGUUGCCUCGCAGCCCUGCAGCUUCUCUGUCUCUGGCCGGCCGCUGGGUCAGCCAGCGCUGUGAAACCCGUCCCAACGUCCUCUUCCUCAUUCGAGACUUCACCUUGGAUCCCGACCAGCAUGCAUGGGAGGGCAUCUAUAGACACUACUCGGACCCUGCCUGCUCUCAGCCCACCUUCACCCUGAGAGCUUCGGGCCACUACGCUCAGGGAAACCCAUCCACCAAGGUCUCAGGAGCCACAGAGUUUGUCUUCAAGGUCACCGAGGUGAGAAUCACGGCUAUGGAGGGGCAGACUGCUAAAUUACUGAAUGGGACGAGGCCUGGAAGGUGUGGUCUGGCAGGGUGCUGGGAGAUCGGGGUUGAACAGGAUUUGACCCCCACAGAUGGAUGCAACCUGCUGGGCCUCAAGCUGCCACACAAGGAGUACGAGCUCUUCAAGCCUGAGCUGGAUCACAGGAAACACCCGCUGCUGUUCACCGGAGAAAGGCCGACUGAUGGGACCAGCCCAGACCGGCCGCAGAGGAGGCCCACUUCAUUUCAAGCUCCCAUGGUGCUUUGCAGUGGGUUUCCACGUCACUAUGGCUCAGGUUUCAACAACAAGCAAGUCCAGUUAGCCACCAGUGGGACAGCGAGACUGGUACAGCUGGUGUUACUGGUGCUGGGAUCUGUGCUGUGCAGCAGGUUUUGUGUUUAUUAGAGACAUUGUUUAACAAUCAAGCCUGCUACACAGCUGAAGUCAUUGAUGAAAUUGUUUUCUGGCAGCUUUCCUUCACUCUUCCUCCAUAUGAUGAUGACUAACAUGUGUGAUUGUCAAAAGAAAUCAUGAGACACUCAGGAGAGAUUAAUCAUUUUUUAUAUCUGGCCUUCAGAUGCUGCCUGUAGAUUCACUUUAAUGACUCUUAACGCUGCAUUUCUACCUAAAACUAAUCUGUAUAUAAACCACAAAUGUAUACAAGUGCCAUAAUUUCAGUAUGUAUUAUAUACUUUUAUACCGUCCCGUCCUCCUUUUGUAUAUUGAUCAGAUGUUCUCACUUUACAGAUUCAUUAUUUGUUUUGCAUAUUUCUGUAAAUGCAGUUUUCUUGUCAUGCUUUUUAUUAUACAAAGCAAGAUCACAGUGUUGAAGUGUGGAUCAGUUAUUUCCAGAAGCCAUGGACCUUGCAGCAGACUUCUCACGAGAGCUUAUUUUCAUCUGAGAUGCAAUAUAAUGAACUCUAUACAUGGACAUUGUUCUCUCAGAAUGCUGGAGAGAAGAAAAAAGCUUUAAAAAGUUUAAUCAGCCCUCUAAUAGCUGCCAUCAUCAUUGAUCUAAUGCCACUGUGGUGUGAAAUGUUGCUUUAUCUCUAUCUUCUGUCAAGCUUGUUUAUUAUUCUGCCUUUCUAUCAGCACUCAAUCGAAACAAAUCAAUUGAAUAUUUAUUUUAACCAUUUAUACUGUAUUUUUUGAUAAGAGAACGAUUUUUGGUUUAAUAUUUUAGUUAGUUUGCCAUUUAUAAUGAAGUGAUUUCUUUCUAUGUGUAUUAAA